ACAAACAGUUGUGAUCACGGUUGCCAACCGUUCCGGAUUUAGAGUGAACUAGUGAUCAUAAUGGUGCAACAUUAGGUUAUUCAAAUCAAUAUAAAAAAGAGGAAGUACUUCAAUUUUUUGAGCACAUCUUCAUCUUGUAUACUUUUGAGUUAAUAGUUUUUAAUGCAACGCUGCUGCUAAACUAACAUAGAUUAAUAAAAAAGAAUAGGACGGUGUGACAAGUGGCGUAUAUAAUUAAUUUUAAGGUUAGAAUGUAGGUAUAUUAAGUUUCAUGUCCCUUUGUAUUAAUACUUUUAUAUAAUAAGGGCUUCCGCACUAUAUUGGACGACUGAAAUAACAUCAUCAACCACUGAGGUACCAUGGAAGAAGUUGAGAGUACCACCGAAAACAAACAUGUACUAUCCAUCGAAGAAUUAGAAUCUGAUAAUACGGAAGCUAAGGGCGAUAUGAAAAAAACAGCUAAAUACAAAAAAAGAGUUUCAAAUUACAAGUUUAUAAGAAAUUCUGGUGGUUUGGUCACCCUGUAUAUAACAUCAUGUGAAAAAGACAUAGAGACAAGUCUCUCAAUUGAUAAAUUGAAAGAUGCAAUACCAAAUUUGAAUCUAGACAGCACUAUUCAAACUAAUUAUGGAUUGGUAAUAAAUCUGUUGAACGAUACUUAUGUACAGAAAAUUUUACAGAUGGAUUUGGCAAAAAUAUUUGGACGUCCUGUACAGGCUGUCCCAUUAUUUUCGGGUCAUUACAAGAAGAUAGUAAGUUUCAAAGAAAUACCUUGGUGUAUUUGUCUAGAAGAAAUAGAAAAUUGUCUGAGAAAACAAGGUGUCAAUUAUGCCAAAUUAACCAGAGAAAAAUCCACAUUAUACGUUGAAGUAUUAGAUUUUCCUAAUUAUCAAAGGUUAAAGGAAGAAGGGAUUAAUUUCUAUGAUUCGGUUGUGUUCCAAGCUUCAGAUGACGCCGGUAUUAACGAAGAAAUACAUUAUAAUAACGAUAAUAUUAUUCAAUGUUAUAAGUGUCAAGGUUUCUGGCAUACCGCGAAUACAUGUAAACAAAAUAUCAGAUGUGUACGAUGUGGUGAAGAACAUCAAGUAGAAAAUUGUAAUCGACCAAAAAGUAGCGCCAUCUGUUGUAAUUGCAAAGGACCACACCACGCCGCUUACAAAUUAUGCCCAGUCAGGGUAAAGCUACAAAAAUCGGUGCGAGUAUCUUUUACCCUAGACCAAUAACAAACGAAUUGAUCAGAACAUAUUGCGGAAGGCUUGUAUUCAAUCGAUUUUUCAAAUAAAUGUGUCAGUCUAUGAAAAAUAAAACUGGAAAUUUCUUUUACAA